UGUCUGCUUCCUUCCAGCAGCUGCCUAAACAGCACUAUGGGCACUGUUUGGAGGAGACCCUGCCCUGGCUCAAGCCCCUCGCAGACCUGGCAGCAUCCUCAGCCAUCCAAGGAUGGUCUCUGCAGUGUUGGUGCAACCUUCCAUGCACCCCUGGAGCAGCAGGGGGCUCCCUGAGGCCCUGACACAUGGCCAUGGCUCUGCUGGUGGCAGUGGCACAAAUGCUGCUGCUUCUGGGUCUGGCUGGGGAGUCCCAGUGCUUCUGCUUGCCCACUGCCUUCUACAAGAAUUGCUGGAUCCGGCGCUUUCCAGGCCUCCUUGUGGACCUGCGGGAAUCUCAGAGGAGGGGAGCCCAGCUGCUGAAGGGUUAUGCAGAAAUCUCCCCCCAACAGUGCAGCAGAACCUGCUGCCUUCUGAGGAACAUCUCUUGCAAUCUAGCAGUGUUCUACCAUGGAGCCAUUCAUGAGAACAGGAACUGUCUGCACAUGUCUUGCCCAGCUUUGGAAAGCUGCAUUCUAAGGGCUGGAGUUGAUGUCAUUUUGUACAACAUCACAACAGGGAUUGAUCCAGAUCUUCUCAUUUUUGAGAAACUGAAAUACCAAGAGCCAAAUGCUCACUCCUCAGCGAGUACAUCUGAGAGGCAGCAGAGCACAAAUACCCCUGAGUGGGGAAGAUGCCAACAUCACAAUGUCACCACAUCAGGUUCUCCUCUGCUCCGAGCUCCACCUGCUGCCACGAGCCGUGGCUUACCAGGAAACACUCACACCCCCACCUGGAGUCUGACAGUGCGGAGAACUGAGGGUACUGCCUAUUCCAGGGCAGAAACUUCCCCGGUAGACGUUGCUUUUGCUAGGAGAAUAAGCAGCAGGUCGGUCACCAGCUCAGACAAGACUGCACAUUCGGCUAUGAGCCCCAAGCCUGACAAGGUGUUAUCCCAUGCACCCACCCCUCCUCGUCUGAACAGCAGCAAGCAACACCUCAAUGAAACCAAAGGCUACAGUGGGAGGAAUUCCACGUUGGGUAACGAGGCAGCUGCCUGGGAAGUUGCAGCUUUGGGGGUCUGGCUGAUUCCUGUUGUCCUUUGCUCUUCUCUCCUCUGCCUGUGCUGUUGCACUGUUGCCCUCACAGCCGAGAGCUGCAGCUACAGGAGGGGUCAUUAUAAACCUGUAAGGACAAGAACAAGAAUGUCAAGACAGCUCAUAAAAUAUGCUCCUGACAGAGGUAAUCUGUGAAACACCAUCCUGGCUCUGGAACAAACAGGAUUUUAAAAAUGCACUCCAUACACCGGCUUACUUCUCUCACAGAGAAUAACAAGUGAUAACAGUUCAGAAUAUUUGGUUAUGAUUUAAUUCUCAGCAGAUGAAGCACAACUCCCUGUCUCUUUAGGUAGGAAGCACCCACUCACAGCUCCCACUGUUUGAAGUAUUUUGGUUCAUUAUCUGAUGCAGAUUAAUGCCUGACAAACACUGUAACACUUCCGCUCAGGUUCAGUGCAGAUACAGCAUUGGCAUGUCUGUGUGACAGAGAAUUAUUUAGCUGGAUGAGAAAUCCUGCUAUAGUUAUCUUUGUGCUUGUGUAUUUGCUACCAAAUGAAUAAACAUCCCAUGUAAUGCAGGAGUACACAAGUGACUUACAAAAUGGUCUUUUUGUUUGAAAUGGUCAAAAUGAUUAUGUUUUCUCCCAAAGAAAGACUAAGCCUAAACUGAGAGAAGUACCUAGUAAAGAAUUAGGUCUGUACCUUCUGAUGCCUUUCUUCAAGCUGAGUACAGUGGUUAAAAUUCUGCUUGUGUCCACUGUAUAGUCUUGAGUGCUGCCAAGAAGGCAAUUCAAACUUCAGGACAUUGCAGCACUACAUUCCAAAAAUAAUUUCUCCAGAAAAUUUGGGAAUAUACUAAAACUAUUAUUGCUCCAUAAUUGCAUGUAGUUUUUAGGAUACAGAAUUCAUAUGCAGGUAUCUUAAUCUAAUUUAGAUUAGAAGAAUUAUCUUUUCUUGACUUAAACAUUACCCCAUAGUUUCAGCUGGAUAAUGUGUUUCAAUUUUCUUACCCUAGGGUUUUGCCAAGCAUUGCUGAAUAUUUUGUUAUCUUCAAUCGCACAGUUCAUGUUCUAAUUAGUUGUUUCAUAUUAGGGAUUUUUACUGGAAUACCAAUUUAUUUUUUAUUUUUGAAGACAGGAGAGCACUUAAAGCCUUCUCCCUAUUUCACAAAGAUUUGCAGUUUGAGGCAGCAAUAUGGUAACACAAUGCCCCUCACUUGUUAAUUUAUAAUGCUACAGAGAAUGCAUUAUUUAUUUAAGUCAUGAUUUAAUCAUGCAUCAGGGAUAGGGGAAGAUGCUUAAAUCCAUAACGUAUAUAUUUAUGGUCUGUUGCUGAACUUGCAGCCACAAAAGCCUGUCUAGGGAACUCAGUUCUUACAGUAUCAGCAUGGAAACAAAUUGUGAAUGUUGGCCAUCACCUUCCUCCUCUGUACCAUUAAGAUAUUACUGUUCUCAGAUAAAUAUUACAGAGUUCAGCUGAAAACUGACAGGUUCUAUCAUAUUGUAAUCCCUUCCUUACCUGAGACUUGCAUUAACUUCAUGUCCCCAAGUCCUUAAGUGUCCAUUCUUCCAGUUCAGGCUGAGCUGUGCCCUGAGCUCCCCAUAAAGCAUCUGUUGACAGCAAAAUCAGAAGUGCUUCCAGCUCAUCUGUACUAUCAGUGACCAUCCAGAACAGUUUGUGUCAAGGACAAAAAAGAAGAAAACCUCAUCUUAUGGGGUGGAUACAGCUGUAAGGUUUUUUUAAAUAGAGCAAGUCAUAGGUAGUUAACCACUUGCUUUCAAAAAGGAGGGUUUUCACCUCCCUUCACUUUCAGAAAAAUUACUCCUUGCCUGCAGUAAGCCACAGUCAUUCCUGGUUCCCUGUCUUUUUCAUCUCCAGAUUAGUGACCAUAGAGUGCACUUCAGAGCACCUUGAUGCUCUGUUGAGUCUUACUCUCAAUAUGAUGUUCUGGAGAAGAAUCAUAUAAUGCAACUGGAACCUCCAUUCUCAUCAGAAAAAGAUGUAGGAGACAAAGUGAAAAUUUCUAUCUGUCCCAUGAGCAAAUGCUUCUGGGACAGCAGGGAAUGAUUAAAAAUUAUGUUCUGAAGAGAUUUCUUGGUUUGUUGACAGAGAGAGGGCAAAAAAAUUGGCACAAAAAGGAUUAUAUGAGACACAAUAGCAGAGCUAUUUUAUUACAGACUAAGAGAGUCACAAGAAAAUAAAUACAUUUUAUGUAUGAGGAAAAGCAAGAAAUGGGUAACAAGAUGAUUUGUUCAAACAGCACAUCUCUUUUUAUGUAACUGUCCCUUUAUCCCUUCCUUGUGCUUGCAGAAACCUUAUUCCUGGAAACACGGGGAAAAAAAAUGUCCACUCUUUGGAAUGUUUAUAUGUGGGAUGAAAGGAAAGUUCCCAAAGGUGUGCACAGAGGGAUGUACGCCUCAGUAAUUUAAAUUUUAAUGUACAUGAUGAAUGAAUAAGUAACCAGUGCUAAAGAUGAAUUUAUUGUGCUGCAGAGCUGCUUUAACCUGUAAUUUUCUUAAUCUCUAACUUGUCGGUUUUUAAACUUCAGCACAGGAUUCCAGAGAGAUGGAAGAUGCAAAAGGAUUCUAUAGUAAAAUAGACAUGUAUAGUUCACUUCUUAAAAAUAUGUGCUGUAUUUUACAUCCUUGAGGUUGAGAAGACUCCUACAGAGGUAAAGAUCCCAGUGUUCCAGGUGUUCUGCAGUCACACUAUCAAAUACUAACAGUUUAGAGGGAGAAGCAGAAAAGCAGAGAGGAAUAUCCAAGAGCUCAAAAUAGCAUCCAAGCUGCCUUUUGUCCUGCUCACUGCAUUACACAGGUUCUGUACUGCAACAUAGAAACCAUCAGUAAAAAUCACAAGUGUAAAUUUGAGUUUUAUCCCAACAUUGUCCAGUAGGUAUCAUCUGUUUUUGGGAGAGACACUUUGUGCUCAAGAGACAGUCACCUUAAAUCCUGCCUGUAUUACCUGAAACGUUUAUAGUAUGUACAUAAGUUAGGCUUGAACAAUUCAGAGUGAGCUGGUAAAGCCUGUGCAUUUUAGGUUUUCCAUCAAUUAGCUGUGGAGCUAAUGAAAAAAAUCAAAUUACCCUUGCUGUGCUGUUCUUUCUACCAGACAUUAUUAUUGGUAAGGUCAAAAUGUUGUUUCAGGCGUGGUUUCUAGAGUUCUGCUUUUGUCCAUUCUGUGAAAAGCAAAGGAAUUCUGCUGCAGAGAAUUUUCUCAAGUGCUCACAUGUCCUGAGUACAGAAGGACAGCUCUGUGGAGAAAAGCAAACUUAUGGGGUUUGGGGUUUCUUAAGACAUUUCAGGGCCUUGCUCCUGCUAGCCUUGUAUACAGCACUGGCUCCCCAGGUGGCUCCUAGGGCAGCCCUUUGUCAGCAGGCACUGACAAAGCUAAUUAAGCAAACAGAAUUCUCCUGUGCACAUACUAGAACCAAACUGCCUCUGGAACAGAGCCAGGCACAGCUCCAGGCACCAGCCAUACCAUUCUCUCCAGUCAAACUGCACUUACUUCCUCAGUCGUUUCAGUUUCAUGGCUGUUCAGAAAAGAUUUAGAAUUACAGAUGUUCCCAUUUCAAAUGGGAAUUUUAAACACUAUACUCAUUGUCCCUGGAUAAAGAAGCAGCCUGAUAACAGCUGAAACUUUCCCCAUAUUAAGCUUCUGCUAAAACUUUACAUUAAUACACAUCCAAAAGGAAGGACUACUAAAGAACCAAGUCAGUCAGUGCAAAAUUGGGAUUACAGGACAAACAUUUUCAGUCUUAGCUACAGCUCUGGUAAAUUCUCGUAGGAAUUAAAUGCUGCAUUAAACUCGGUCUCUCACCAUAUGAAAACAACCUUGACCUAGGAAGAAUCCUUCCUAAACUCACAGUGUUUUGGCAGUGGGAACAGAUCCACUCCUUGACUGUAUGUACACACAGAGCACACAGUGAGAAAUUCUAGCAGAGUGAGUUCAGCACACAGAAUGCUGCAGGAAUCAAUUCCCCUCAGCUUUCAAUGUUCUUAUUCUUACACUGCUUAUUUUCAACGAGCUGCUGGCAGGGUCACAUGGUCAGCUCUUUUAUAGGUAUGUAGAAUCCUUAACUGCCUCUGCCCCUUCUAGAGAAUGACUCUCUCCAAGUUGAAAUCUCACUAAGCCAGGAAGGUACAAUAAAAGCAAGAAUUAUUUAUGUUCUUUCAAGGUUUGGUAGGGUUUUUUUUUCCUUAAUUGUGAGAAAGCAAUAAAAUUGUCAUUCCAGUGUUUUAAAUCAAUUUCUUUCAAUUACAAAUUACCUAAUAUAUGAUAAACAUAGAUAUAAUUCUUUCUCUGUGCUACACAGGAUGCUAAAAAGUUUUUUCUUUCCUUGAAAAGUCUGGGUACUUUCAAGAGAAGUCAGCAGGUAACAGCAGUCAGAGGGUAACAAGGCUCAGUCCACUCCUAUUUAGUUACAAACCCAUCUCACCAACUCUCAUCCUUCCUGUCCCAGGUACUCUGAGAUCUUCUCAACAACUGCUGCUUCACCUUCCCACUACCAUCUCAUUUUCCACCUUAUUUUACUCCAUUAUUUUAGACACAGGUGCUUUUACACGGGAUAUUUGUUUGCCCUCACAAUAACAACUGAAAACCUCAACUGUCCAGAGUGCUUCAACACCUCUUCAAAUCAGCAACAUUAAGCAACAUUACCCUAAUUUUACACAUAGGGAAAAAUCUGAAUGGCAUUUAAAAAGCAUUUAGAGCUCUUAAUUUUCAGACUUCUAAUUAAUGGAACUGGAAGCCUAACUAAUUUCAUUAGUUUUGAUAUUGUUGCUCUAGGUUAAAGGCCCAAAAAGUGUGAGAAUCAGAAUGUGAUUAAGAACAGUGGACUGAACCAGGAUCUCCCAUGCUAACAAAACACAGAAUAAAACAUUCCAGUUACCAGUAUGAAUCCAAACAUACUUUAUUCAAUGGAAAAGAUUAAUGGAUAGGACUUAACUCAUCAUCAAGUUUCAUUUUUUUGCUUCAGGUUCUGAAUAAUUAUACAUCCAUAUCAUUAAGA